AUGUCGGAAAGAAAACGUCAGAAAAUGGAUGAAAUUAAUAAUCAAAAUUUGAAUUCAGUUAUGAUUACAAAAUUCGAACAAUUACCAAAUGAAAUGAUAUUAAUUUGUUUUAGUUAUCUUAGUUUCUAUUGGUUAUAUGAAACAUUCUCUUGUUUAAAUCAACGUUUCAAUAAAUUGAUUUUACAACAAACAAAAAAUUCUAUUGAUCUAGAUUCAAUUCCAGAUGAAAAUAUUUUAACAUUUUGUUUUAAAUUAAAUAAUUUUUUAAGAAUAACUAAAAAUUAUCCAUUAUCAAUUAGUACUUAUAAUGAACAGAGGUUUACUUUAAUAAUGAAAGAUAAUUUAUUUCAAGAUAAAUUUUCGAAAUUAAAAUCUCUAAUAUUAUCUGACAUCCAUGCUGAACCUAUAUUUAAUGCAAUAUUUGAUCGAAGAACUAAAUUGUAUAAAACAUUACAACGAUUAACUUUACAAGAAAUUAGCGAAUCAGAAGAACACGGUCAUGAUGUAGAACGAUUAUGUAGACAAUUGAUAUCAUCAAAAAUGAAAUCAUUAAAAUAUUUGAAUUUAAAUGUAAAACCAUAUUCAUGUGGAUGUGAAUUUGGCAUUCAAUCACGUGACAAUGAUGUUGAUUUACAAUUCCAGUACUUAUCAACACAUGAAAAAUCAUUGAGUAAUUUGGAAACACUUAUUAUUGGAGAUAUUCCUGAUGAAUAUGAUGCAUGUACAAAAACAAAAUUAUCAUUUUAUACAUUGACUGAAGAAUUAUUACCUAGUCUACCAAAAUUAAAGAAUUUGAUUAUUAAUUCAAUUCAUUUUGGUCAAAAUAGACACCAUCAACUUUACCUGAUGCCUCAGCCAACUAUCAAAACGAAUGCAGUUAUAAAAUUAAAUUUAGAAUCAAUCAAGAUUUGGACUAACAAAGAGUGGAACAAUGAAAAUGCCGACAAACAAAAUAAAAAGUUAUUAAAAGAUUUCUUUUUGGGGGCCAAUUCAUCGGAUGUUACAACAAUUAAAACAUUUUAUAUUAAUAAUAAAACUCCAGCAUCAUCUCGUUCAACAGAAGAAAUUCCUUCAGUAGAUAUCACUGAUCUACCAACAAGUUCACAUGAUGAAAAUACUGAAAUAACUUGUACAACAAAAAUUUCUUCUCCUAUUGAAACAUCAAAUUUAUCAAAUCUAGAUAAUGUGUCAAAAAAUGCUCUUGAACAUGAAAAUGAACAUGAAAUUUUUGAUAAUUCUAAUGUAUCAUCAAAUACGGAUAAUCCAACAUGA